AUGGCUCCAUUUCGGAGGUCGCAUAACCUGCGCUGCUUCUACUGCAACUGUCCAACUGGCAUCAGAUUUGAAGGCCAGAGCGAGAUCCUUUGUCCUCGCUGCGAUGCGACGAACUACCUCGAUGAAGAUGGCGACAUCACCGACCCUCCAGUCGCGACGACCACCGCCUCGCAGUCGCAAGCCUACGCCUUCCAGCGAUCCCCGACACCGCAGUCUCCCGAGUCAUCACAAAGCAUAUUCUGCGCCCAGUGCCUGAAGAACCAGCACCUUUACACCGCGUCUUUGGCACAGUACUUCCCCGAUGACCCCGACCACCCAGACUAUCCCGCCCUGGAGCGGAAAUACUACAAAUUUCGGCAAGACCUGGAGGACCGGUAUCCUCAAAUGUGCGCCGACUGCGAGCCCAAGGUCCUGUCCAAGCUCAACGCGGCGGGCUACAUUGCGAAAACCGAUUUCCUGCGCACCGCCAUGGAGAAGAGUCGCGCAAAUCGAACCUCGCCCCGCAGACGCACCAUGAUGUCGCUGACGGACGGUCUAGGAAGGUGGCUAUGGUACAGCGCUUUCGUAGCUCAGGUCUUGUGGCACGUCUCCGCCGUCGUCGACGUUGUCUCCACCGACCUUUCCCUGGAGGCGAGGCAACACUGGCUGCUCCGCGCCUGGGACUUGACCAGCCGGUUUCUACCCUCCACGGGCAGCUUGAUCCGGAUCUCUCUCCAAAUGACGCUCUUGGGUAUUUGGUGGAAUCCCAAGUUUCCAGAGGUGGUGAGAGGAUUCUCCAGGCCCAUCGUAGGGCUGCCUAAGUGGUAUGCAUUCCAGGGUAUGCUAGCCACGGCCAGGUACCUGUUCCCCAAGAUUGCCAGCCUCGAGGUGGAGCACACGGAGCAAGCCAACGCCCAGUUUGCCAUCCAUACCUUUGUGGCUGGCCUCAUAUUCUAUGUCUAUAUUCUUGCCCGGAAGAGCGUGAAGCUGGACACUAGUCCCUUGUUUGCGCCCGCAGAGAUGCCAACCGUGCGGCAGCCAAGGAUCACUCGAUCUGGUGCCAAACGCGAGACUCGACUGGUCUCCCCCUUCGCCACACUUGAGCCCCCUCCGAGCCGGGCGCCGCCGCGGCCUAGCCAGGCGGCGUACGCCGAGGAGAUGGACUGGGAACGUACGGAGGAGCCUGCCCCGCGCUGCGGGACUUUGGGGUCGCCAAAGCACAGCCCUUUGGCGCACCCGUCCCUCGCGGGGAUCAGCGCCGGCCCAGAGACUCGUGAACCCGGCUCCCCGGCAACGCAGGCUAUAAAGCAAGAUCGGGAGAUAUUCACCGCUCGUUUCGGCGGGAGCACCAUGCUCGGCGGCGACAAGAAGAAGCUAGCGGACGAAGGCCAUGUGAAUUUUGCGCCGCCGUCCUUCUUCUCGCAGGACAAUACGGGCGCCGAUCCGCGAAACUCUCUCGCCGACAUGUUGAGCAGCGGGUUCUCGCUGAGCCAGGAGGAGGAGAAUGCUGCGAAAUCACGGUCGUCGAGGAACGCGAAGCGCGGCCUAUUUUCCGGCGUAGUCCCUGCUACGCCCUCCGGGUCGUCUGGCGGGCCAGGUGACCGCCGAGGGUUCCGAAGUAUCGAUGCGGCGUUCCUCGUGGUGAUCAUGAGGGCCAGUUUGGGGAUGAGCGCCCUCCUCACCCUGCUCCUGUCCCGGGACGCCAUCUCUCGGCUGGGGCAGGCCGGCGGCGCCUCGACUGCCAAUGUCCUGGAGCUCGUCCUCUGCAUCGCCGAGGUCGGGGCCGUGGGGCAUCUUUCUCUCAAGGUUUGGACCAGCCCAGUCUUGUGCGAUGGCUGUUUUACCCAAGGACUGUGGACCAUUGUCGUGAUGCUCGGGCACCGCUUGUGGAAUGCCAUACCAUAA